AUGGAGUUCCCGCUCAUACGCCGGGAACGCUCGGCCGUGGACGCUUCGAAUUUCAUAAGCGGCAUUCUCGGCGACACAAGACCGCACGUGCCCGAGAGGAAUCUGCCCGGGGGAGGGAAUUGGGUGGUACAGAAGUUUGGGGGCACGAGUGUGGGCAAGUUCCCGGUGAAGAUUGCGGAGGAGGUUGUGCAGUAAGUCGCUUGAAUUUCUUUGGCAUUGGACAUGCAUGGGGAAGGGGAGGGGAGUUUGGUGCUGAAUACAACAGGGCAGGUCUGGAUCCCAAGGGCGAAAGGCGCGUUGCGAUUGUCUGCUCCGCGCGCAGCACUUCUACCAAGAGCGAGGGAACUACCAAUCGAUUGGUGCGUUGUGCGAUUGAUGUUCUGGACAAGAGCUCGGGGAGAUUCCGUAAUAUUGUCGAGACGAUUCGACUGGAUCAUCUCCAGGCGGGAAGAGAUGCGUGCGGUGUAUGGGGGAGCAGUAGCGAGAUCCUCCAAUCAUACACCGAGCAGGUCAAUGCGGAAUGUCGCAUGCUGCUCAAGAUCUUGGAGAGUGCGCAGUUCCUGAAGGCGGUGACGGACCAGACGGAAGAUAUGAUUAUCUCCGUGGGAGAGAAGUUGAGCUGUCUGUACAUGACUGCACUUCUCCAGAGCCGAGGUGUGAAAGCUGCAUAUUUGGACCUGAGCGAUAUCAUCAAUUUUGAAGUGGGAAAGACCUUGGACGAGAAGUUCUACCUGAAGGUGGGACUAUCUAUCGCAGACAAGAUUCUUGCGUUGGGAGAGAAUGUGGUGCCUGUCAUCACUGGCUACUUCGGAAACGUUCCAGGCGGUCUCCUCAAGGAGAUCGGAAGAGGCUACACCGACCUCUGCGCUGCUCUCACAGCAGUCGGCCUACGAGCCCGAGAACUGCAGAUCUGGAAAGAGGUCGACGGCAUCUUCACCGCAGAUCCGCGCAAAGUGCCCACCGCACGGCUCUUGGACUCGGUCACUCCCAGCGAAGCCUCCGAAUUGACCUUCUACGGCUCCGAGGUCAUCCACCCCUUCACCAUGGACCAAGUCAUCAAAGCCUCCAUCCCCAUCCGCAUCAAAAACGUCAAAAACCCACGCAACAAGGGAACCGUCGUCCUCCCCGACCUCGAAGAAGAACUCCGCGUCCGGAAACCCGGUUUCUUCCGCGCUCGCUCCUAUUCUAGCCUCAGCCAGGAUCUCCAACCAAAGCGUCCCACAGCCGUCACCACGAAACGCGGCAUCACGGUGCUCAACGUGCAUUCUAAACGUCGCACCCGAGCCCACGGCUUCCUCCGUUCCAUCUUCGACAUCUUCGACAACCACGGCCUCUCCAUCGACCUCAUCGCUUCUUCCGAGGUACACGUUUCCAUGGCCCUGCACAGCGAAAUCGCCCUGCUGUCCGGAAACGGCGAAGACGAGAUGAAAAUCGAAUCCAACGCCCUACAGGGCGCUAUUGACGAUCUCAGCUUCUGGGGAGAUGUAGAUCUCGUUCCCGGCAUGGCCAUCAUCUCCCUCGUAGGACGCCAGCUGCGCAGCAUGGUGGGCAUUUCCGGGCGAUUCUUCAGCACGCUCGGCGAGCACGGGAUCAACAUCGAGAUGAUCUCCCAGGGAGCAAGCGAGAUCAACAUCGGGUGUGUGAUUGAGGAGAAAGAUGCCGACAGGGCUCUCAAUGUGGUGCACACGAAUCUCUUCACAUUUUUGGAGUAA